AUGGCACAGACGAAGGACGGCGGCGAUUUGUCGCGUCCCGCCGGACUACCGAACAAUGGGAAUCCUUCUUCCUCGUCGUCUACAGUAAUCCCACCGCCAGCUGCGAAGUCCGGACCAGCCGCCGCCUCGUCAAAAGGAACACCAGUGGCACCGUUGAGGAAUCGUAGAAGAAAGGUCACCGAGCUCAAGUGCUCCGAGGUUCGAUGGUUCUUCCAGGAACCCAAGCAGACGGUAUGGACUCCAUUCAAUGGGAGGGACUCGAUCAUGCUGGAAAUCAAGUAUCGCAAGGAGAAGAGAAUCGAUCUAGACGAAGCGAUUCAGACGAUUUAUGACGAGACGCUGGGACACUACAAAAUGGAUCAUCCCGAAGGUUCUGAAGACAAUUCCGAAGAGAAGCCGAUGGUCGUUGUGCUCAAUGGACAGUACAAAGUGAAUAAGGAGAACUCCAGAAUCGAUCCGAUCUACUGGAAGGAGGACUCGAAGGAGAUCAGACGAGGCACGUGGUUCUCGAUGGAUUAUCAGCCACUGGAGAUGCCGCUGUCGGAUUCGAUAGAGAAGAAUCAUUUGCAAUGCUUCAGAAAUCAAAUGAUUCCCGAGGGAACGACUGUCUUCUCGAAGUCCGAAACCAGCAAUAAGCCGAUUCUCGCCGAGCUCCACGUUGACGGCUACGAUGUUCGAUGGAAUUCGGUCAUCGACAUCUCACUCCAUCAGAAGGGAAACGCCAUCCUCCGCUACCUUUGGGCCAAAACGACACCACUCCGCCGAGGAUAUGAGAGAGAAGCCGACUGGAACGAUGCGUCGGCUGAGAUUUCACACUUGAUUCUCGUAGUCCACGGCAUUGGACAGAAAGGCUACGAGAAUCUGAUUGCUACGAACGCGAAUCAAGUCCGUGACGGCGUCGUCAACGCCAUGGAGAAGUGCUAUCCAGACGAGAAGUCGCGGCCGAUGUUCCUGCCGGUCGAGUGGCGAUCCUCGUUGGUGCUUGAUGGAGGACUCACCGACAACAUCACGAUUCCGAAGAUGAGCAGUAUGAGAGCGUCGUUGAAUUCGACAGCAAUGGACGUGAUGUACUAUCAAAGUCCACUUUUCAGAACUGAGAUAGUCCGUGGUGUUGUCGCUCAGCUCAACCGCACCUACAAGCUCUUCAAGGCCAACAACCCUCAAUUCAACGGCCACGUCCACAUCUUUGGGCACUCUCUCGGGUCGGUGAUCUGCUACGACGUGCUCACCCAAUACUCUCCGCUCAUGCUUUAUGAUAAGUAUGUGACAAAGUCGAUCGACGAAUAUUUAGAGAAGAAUGAUUCGGAGAACACGAAGGAAGCGAGAAAGGCGAUGGAGGCGAUGAAAUUGGCCAGGGAGCAGUUGAGGGAGCACAUGGACGGAGGCAUUCACAGGCUGUUGGUGACGAACGACGAGCAAUUGAACUUCAAGGUGAAGUAUCUGUUCGCCGUCGGCAGUCCUCUCGGUGUGUUCCUGACGAUGCGAGGAGGAGAGUCGGCUGAUUUGCUCUCAAAAGCAACGAAUGUCGAGAGGAUAUUCAAUAUUUUCCACCCUUACGAUCCGGUCGCCUAUCGCUUGGAACCAUUCUUCACGGCCGAGUAUAAGCAUAUUCGUCCGAUAAAGCUCUUCUCCCAAGCCGACCUUCGUGCUCGUGCUUCGUACGCCGAUCUCCCACUGGACGUGUACAAGCACUAUUUGAAGAAGCUGAAAAAUCAGAAGAAGGCAAAAAAUGGGAAAGACGACAAAGCGGCUGACGCGAAGUCCGGCGGCGACGAUGAAAUCGACGAGGAAGACGAGUGUGAUUCCGAUGAGGACGCUCGUUCCGGAUGCUCAUCGCCUCGAUCCAUGACUCCCCCCCCUCCACCGUGUGAUGUGGCCGCAGCGAACAAGGAGCCGAAGGCGGUCGUCAAGAAGGGAUGGUUCUCGUUUGGGUCGUCGAACAACAAUCCGAAGAAGACGCAGAGUUCGGCCAGCUUGCAAUCUCAGGUGCAAGCCACGUCAACCGAACACAUUGAAGUUGGAAAGGAGGCAGAGGCCGAGCUACCACUCGCGGAGAGGAUCCUUGGAAGUGGCGUCCGUGUUCCCCACAGAAUUGAUUUUCAGUUGCAGCCCGCCCUCACCGAGAAGUCGUACUGGUCCGUGCUCAAAUCCCAUUUCGCCUACUGGACAAACGCCGACAUGGCUCUGUUCCUUGCAAACGUGCUCUAUUGCAAACCCGCCAAACCCGAAGAAGCCAAACCGACAUGGGCCUAA